CUAAUAUCCACUCGAGUUAAUAUAUUUAUAUAUUAAGCAAUUUUAAUAUUCAAGUUAGGAUGUAAAUAGCAGUAAUUAUCUAUAAAAAAAACAGCGCGUUUGCCUGUGGCACGAAAGUAGGUCAGUAUUUCUAAAAGCCAGCACAGUGCAAACCUCAUAGACAUCUCAAACGAAAAAACUGGUGCUUUGUAGAGGGGUUGAUCACGUGACAUUGCACUAAAAUAGUUUCAUAGAAUUCUCCUUUAUUCGUUCAGUCUAUCCGCCAUUGGAACUGAUAAAACAAAUCAAUUGAGAAGGUAAGAGAAUGAACUAUAAUAUUACCAACUGCAAAAUAGAGAGAGAAAGAUUACGAAUAAAAUUUCUCUAUAUAAAACAACAUAGAAGGUCAACGAAAUCCUUUAACCGUUUAAUAAUACUAUACCUUGAUAUGGAUAAGAACAUAUCAACAGUUAUCUUAUUCCUCCUAACCAUUUCCCAGGCUGAAAUCUAACUUUCAAAUAUUUCAUUUAUGGCCGUUUUCAUUUAUGGCCCUUGAUACUUUCUAUUUAUAGAUCAUACAAAGAUGAUAAACACGUUUAAAAGAUUGUUAAAUAUCGUAACAAUUUUUAAUUGUAUGACACCAAAUUUUGCGGUAACAUUCCUUUCCGCUCCAAAGUAUGUCGUAGCAAAACUGGGAGAUACGUUUGAUAUACAUUAUUCGCUUAGCGAAGCUAAACAAAUUCGAUUAGAAAGUUUGUACAAUGAUACAUCGGCUAGUAUAUUUGAACCUCCAAACUUUGAUGCAAAGUUUAAAGAUAGAUGGAAAGUAACGCCUAGUGGAGAAAGUUCAUCCUAUACUUUCACCGUCACUUCAUCGGAAAAAAUUGAUGGUCUUCAUAUUAACGCUUCAAUUGUGGGUGGUUCAAGCACUGAUUAUCGUAAAACUGGAGUAGUUUUAUAUGAAUCAAAUCCAACAGCCGAAGAAUAUCCUAAAACUGUUAUUGAAGGUGAAAAAUUUAACGUUGUAUUUGAUUUUAAAUUCUGGGGUGCUGGAAGUUUUGGUAGUAAACUUUUUGUAAAUGAUACGUGGAUAUCUUCGUCGAAGACUGAAUCAAUAUUUUAUGACGGAUUAGCUAAAUUUAAAGAGGAACAUAAGGCUACUUGGAAAAUAGAUAAUCAAAAUAUGUAUUUUGAAGUGAAAUUGUAUAGAAAUGACGAUACAGAUUUUGUUAGAUUUAAGAGUGAUGAUAUAAAAAUUCGCGUUGAAUAUAAAGUACGUGAUAUAAAAAUUACGUCUGAUCAAGAUAAUUCAGACAAACUUAAAAAUGGUGAUGAGCUAAUUUGUACUGCAAUGGGAAAUCCAGUUCCUAAAUACGAAUGGCGAAAAGUAAAAUCAUUUUAUUGAUUCUAAAUUGUUCCUCUAUUUGUUUUCUUAAAAGGCAUCUUCUAAAGUUAUCCUCUCAACUAGUUCUAAAGUGAAAAUUGAAGGUUCAGGCAACGUGGUUUACGAAUGCACUGCCUGGAAUGUUGUUAAUGGAACUAGACAUACAUUAGCACAAAAAUCUUCCCUUUCAAUAAAUUCUGCCUCAAUACCUGGAAAAUUUGAUAUGACUCUAAUCUCAUCUAUCCUUUUAUCAUGCAUCGUCAUUUAUAAAGAAAACCUUAUUUAAAGUCUUAAACACUAUGUAUGGGUUCUAUGUUAUAUAUUCUAGAUCAGUUCCUAAACGUGUUGUCAAAUUGUUCUUUUUUUUUUUACUGUAAAAUUUAUGUUGGCCUAAUCUCUUAAUUCAUAAUAAAAACAAAAUGAAGACAA